AUGUUGUUCCAUCCGCUUAGCUUGACGAUCCCGCACAUAGCUUAUGCCUGUCUCGGAGGCUUCGUAGUCAUCUUUGGCAUGUUCUCCCUCUUCAUUCGAGAAAAACUUUACAUUGGCGAGGCAAUCUGGGCCUUUCUCUUUGGGGUCAUCAUCGGCCCAUAUGGCGCUGGUAUAUUUGAUCCCCGUGGUUGGGCUGGAAACAACGAGGAAAUGUCGAACCAGAUCACUCUCGAAGUUACUCGUGUUGUUCUCGCCAUUGGAGUCUUUGCAAUCGGCGUCGAACUGCCCAAAGCUUACAUGGCACGACACUGGAAAAGUCUUUUGUUUCUCCUGGCUCCUGUCAUGACAUGGGGUUGGUUUGUCUCAGCUGGGCUUAUCUACGCGCUCAUACCAGGCCUCAAUUUUCUAUCAAGCCUCGCUAUCGCCUCGUGUCUUACACCCACGGACCCGAUCCUUGCUGCUGCCGUAGUCGGUGGAAAGUAUGCUGACAAGCACGUACCGGCCCACAUUCGACAUCUGCUCGCCGCCGAGAGUGGCUGUAACGAUGGAGCCGCAUUCCCAUUCCUGUAUAUAGCGCUAUAUCUUGUUCUUGAUUCAUCUACUGGACAAGCCAUCGGGGACUGGUUUUUAUUCCUAUGGCUCUACGAAGUCAUCCUAGGUGUCGUUUUCGGAGCGGUACUUGGCUUUUCUUUCCGACAUCUGAUGAAGUUUUGCGAGCGUAAUGACCUCAUUGACCGACAAUCCUACGUCGCUCAAUAUGUUUCCCUCGCGUUCCUGACGAUCGGCAUCAUGACCAUGCUUGGCUCUGACGAUCUGCUUGCUGCCUUCUCCUGCGGAACAGCCUUUGCAUGGGAUGGUUUCUUCAACAGACAGACGGAAGAGUCAGUAUUCAGUUCCGUCAUCGAUCUCUUGUUCAACGUCGCCGCCUUCGUAUACGUGGGGGCAUGGAUGCCGUUCGACAGUUUCGACGACGACGUGCUGACCUUGAAGGUCUGGAGACUCUUCGUCAUCGCUAUCUUGGUGUUACUCUUGAAGAGAUUACCAAUUAUCAUCGCUUUGUACAAGUUCAUACCAGACAUCAAGACUUUUCGCGAAGCCAUUUUCAGUGGGCAUUUUGGUCCUAUUGGGAUUGGCGCCGUCUUCAUAUCCACCCUUGCUGUCGGUCAGCUUCCCAAACCAAGCAGUCCUCCUGCCAAUCAAACUGAGUUUCUUGCUGCAACUAUUCAACCAGUUGUGUCCUUUAUGGUCCUCUGUAGUGUCGCCAUUCACGGCCUUUCCAUUCCUUCGUUCUCUCUAGGACGUAGAGUGCAUUCGGUAUCCUCUCGUACUUGGUCUCGACACGCAGUUCCAGACUGGACAACACAAGCCCGGCACGUGACACGUGCAGAGGACAUCGUCAUCAACCGCGACCGCGACAGCGCCAUGGAAAGAGGCGAGUCUUCUCUGACACCGGAAGAGAAGUCGGCUCUGGAGAGCAAACGCGCCAGCAGUAGCUCGACUCCACCUUCUACAGGGGAGGACGAGAGGAACGUCGAUGAACGCGUUUCUGAUGAAAGGCAAGAAAGCGAGGACAGGAUGAGGGAGCAAAAUCCUCCAGACGGGACUGAGCUUAUUGCAGAAUGGAAUGAAGGUCCACACACGAUCAUUGAGCGUCGUUCCGGGCCGGGAGAAGAGGUCGAUGUCGAAGUCAUACGAAAUGACAACGGCGGAACACCAAUCCGCACCUCUUUCCGAGUCCACGAGGAUGCCGUGCGCCAAACUGUUCACUCAUAUAUCGAUCGGCUCCGCUCAGCACCACAUGAGAUGCACAAGGAGCUUGAGAAUAUGGAAGACACAGUGAAACGCGAUGUACAUUUUGUAGAAGAUAAGGCGCACGACGUCCUCACCCACAAUGGCCAUUCGGAGGGGGUGGGGAACUCGGGCACGAACGCAGAGGUUGCUGACGACGACGAUGAAGGCUGGGCGUCCGAUCAGAGUGGCGAUGGGACAUACAAGGCCCAAGAUCAUUCUGAUCGCAGGAAGCGCCAGAGCUCUUUAAAGUCCAAGAGCAUAUCUAAACAGCCAAGCACCGGGUGGAAGAAAAAAGGUCGUCGUCGGCCAUCCUUCAACAGUGGUUCAUUCACUAGUCACGCGCAUCAGCUGCUGCAGUCCCAAUCACCAUCUCGACAGUCAUCGGACGCACGUGAGCGUUAUGGCGAAGUAUUCGAAGGGGAUGAGGAACGUGGACGUAGUGAUACUCCCCGUCGCGAAGAUAUGGAACAUGCCAUUCCUAGCGCAGCAAUACAUCGGAGACUGGAAUCACUGAAAGUUCCUAUUCAGCGUUCCCGAGAUGCGUCUCCCUCACGUUCUGUACGUUUCGCUGACGAAGAAGCAACAAGAAGUGGUGCUUGCACUCCGCGAACCCCACUGCACCAAAAUGAGUUUUAUUUCCCUAGCAGUGUUUCGGAGGUGCCACGUGAUGACACCGAGUCUGCUGCCCCUAACAGAGUUACGUUUGAGUUGCCUCCAGGCAAACAUUGAUCAUGUUUUCGUUUCGUUUUCAUUAUUGUUUUCUUUUGUUGGGUAUGUGGCAUAAUUUUUCAACACCGAUUGCUCCUGCAAUCCUCUUGACGAAAUUUUGACGAUCAUAACCUCCGUGAUUCCCUCUAAUGAUCGCCCUCAAGGAGCUGUAUAUUUUUUUUUUGGAUUCCUCCCUCGAUAUAUCACCCUAUCUGUCGCUGCUUUGUAUCACAUAGCAUCAGGCUCGAUUCACUGUAACCCUAAUGUACUGAGUACCAUAUGCACUUUACCUAUAUUGUGUCGAUUUGUUACCUGCUGUAUAAAAAAAAUUAGGCGUUGCAGAACAA